GCUCGGUUUUGGAAGGCCUCACAAGAAGAUCACCUUUGUCACCAGUGGAUUGGUCAACAACCUCAGGAAUUACGGAAUAGACAUCACCGCUAUGUGCAGUGGACUCACCACCUACAUGGCUUACGAAGUUCACACCUUCCAAGGACCCCAGGUGACUCUGGGAUCUUGCAUUACCCUCGAUGUCCUGAGAGCUGUGGAGCUUCAGUACUGCAUUGGCAAUGGCAGUGUCAAUUUCCCGACUCAGCAGAUUCCAGGCGGCAUUUUCAACAACACGCAAGUCAUCAUUGGUGGCCAGUCCCAAUUUGUGACCCUCAACAGGCAAUGGCGCGUGGCAGUCAUUGAGCAAAUGAGCGGCGGCGGGUCCUGGAAAACCAUCUGGAACUACAACACGGGCGUCAUUGCAACCAAAGUCACGCAACAGAACACCUGCUACAUUUCCAUCAUGAACAGAAGCGAGAUGCCCCGCUUUGAUAAUCUGGCACGCCUGGCACAAGAGAGCAGGAACCUGCUCGGCCUUGGAAGAGCAACCAGGAAGAUCACCUUUGUCACUAGAGGAUUGGUCAACAACCUCAGGAAUUACGGAAUAGACAUCACCGCUAUGUGCAGUGGACUCACCACCUACAUGGCUUACGAAGUUCACACCUUCCAAGGACCCCAGGAGACUCUGGGAUCCUGCAUUACCCUCGAUGUCCUGAGAGCUGUGGAGCUUCAGUACUGCAAUAGCUAUGGCAAUUGGAAUGGCAACUGGAAUGGCAACUGGAAUGGCAACGGCAAUGGCAACUGGGAAUGGAAUGGCAAUUGGAAUGGCGGUUGGAAUGGCAACAGCAAUUGGAAUGGCGGUUGGAAUGGCGGCAACAAUUGGAAUGGUGGCUGGAAUGGUGGCUGGAACGGCGGUAACAACUGGAAUGGCGGCUGGAACAACGGCAACAACUGGAAUGGCGGUUGGAACGGCGGUUGGAACGGCGGUUGGAACAGUGGUAACAAUUGGAAUGGCGGUUGGAACAAUGGUAACAAUUGGAAUGGCGGCAUCAACUGGAAUGGCGGUAUCAACUGGAAUGGCGGUUGGAACAAUGGCAACAACUGGAAUGGCGGUUGGAAUGGCGGCUGGAACAGUGGUAACAAUUGGAACGGCGGUUGGAAUGGCGGUAUCAACUGGAAUGGCGGUUGGAACGGCGGUUGGAAUGGCGGUAACAUUUGGAAUGGCAGCGGCAUUUGGAAUGGCAAUUGGAGUGGCAACGGACAGCAGAUUCCAGGCGGUAUCUUCAACAACACGCAAGUCAUCAUUGGUGGCCAGUCCCAAAUUGUGACCAUCAACAGGCAAUGGCGCGUGGCAGUCAUUGAGCAAAUGAGCGGCGGCGGGUCCUGGAAAACCAUCUUGAACUACAACACGGGCGUCAUUGCAACCAAAGUCACGCAACAGAACACCUGCUACAUUUCCAUCAUGAACAGAAGCGAGAUGCCCAGCUUUGAUAAUCUGGCACGCCUGGCACAAGAGAGCAGGAACCUGCUCGGCCUUGGAAGAGCAACCAGGAAGAUCACCUUUGUCACCAGUGGAUUGGUCAACAACCUCAGGAAUUAUGGAAUAGACAUCACCGCUAUGUGCAGUGGACUCACCACCUACAUGGCUUACGAAGUUCACACCUUCCAAGGACCCCAGGUGACUCUGGGAUCCUGCAUUACCCUUGAUGUCCUGAAAGCUGUGGAGCUUCAGUACUGCAUUGGCAAUGGCAACUGGAAUGGCAACUGGAAUGGCAACUGGAAUGGCGGUUGGAACAGCGGUUGGAACAACGGUAACAACUGGAAUGGCAACUGGAAUGGCAAUGGCAACUGGAAUGGAAACGGCAAUUGGAAUGGCAAUUGGAAUGGCAAUUGGAAUGGCAAUGGCAAUUGGAAUGGCGGUUGGAAUGGAGGUUGGAACGGCAGUAACAACUGGACUGGUGGUUGGAAUGACAUCUGGAAUGGCCAAAACAUUUGGAAUGGCAGUGGCAUUUGGAAUGGCGGUUGGAAUAGCGGUAACAAUUGGAAUGGCACUUGGAAUGGCCAUUGGAAUAACAAUGGCAAUUGGAAUGGCAAUUGGAAUGGCAAUGGACAGCAGACAAAUAACCAACAAAUCAUCACUGAUGGAGAUUCUCAAAUCUCCAUCUCUGGUGGGGACUCUCAAAUCUCCAUCUCCGGUGUAUCCCAGAGCAUGAGCAUCAAUAGUCAAACACAAACAGCAAUUUUUGAGCAAAAGAGCAACCGCUUGUCUUGGAAAACCAUCUGGAACUACAACACGGGUGUCAUUGCAACAAGAGUGAUGCAAGAGAGAACAUGCUACAUUUCCACCAUGAACAGGAGUGAGAUGCCCAGCUUUGCUGCACUUAUCAAAGUGGCUGCAGAGAGGAGGAACCAGAUUGGUUUUGGAAGACCUAACAAGAAGAUCACCUUUGUCACCAAUGGACUGGUCAACAACCUCAUGUCUUAUGGAGCAAAUGUCUUCUCCAUGUGCAGUGGAUUCACCACCUAUAUGGCUCAUGAAGUUUAUGGACCCCAAUACAAUCAACAAUCAUGCACUGCGCUUAACGUCGUGAGACUCGUGGAGCUGAAGUACUGUAGAGGCAAUGGACACAUUUGAAAAUCUUACCUUUCUUGAAACAAGAUCCAGCCUUCAGAGCUGCUGCCCAAAGCCAACCCUGAUGCCCUUCUUCCCUGACAUUUCUUCUUUCAAGAGUUUUGUUCUUGAUACUGAAACAGAUCAUUUGUUGACUAGAGCUUUCAAUUAAAAACCUUUUGCAUAGAUGACCUCUGGCUUGUUUGUCAUUACUC